CUUGCAAAGAGGAAAGUGAGCAAAUACACGUAUCCGGGAAAAUCUGCAGAAGACAUCGAAGCAGAACUUAGAACAAUCAAAGUCAAUUCGACGCCCUCGCACAUAAUUAUUCACGCUGGGACAAAUAAUAUACCAGCUGAUUCAGCUGAGGUAUGUGUGGGGAAAAUUGAAAGCCUUGUUCUUAAGAACAAAUCCAAAUUUCCAGAUUCAAAAAUUGGAGUAUCGGGAAUCACGAUGAGACAAGAUAUCGAAGUGGGGCAAAAUAUCAAACAAGUCAACAAAAAACUAGAGGAUUUUUCUAAAAAUCAUAACGUCUCGUUUAUUGACAAUUCCAGCAUCAACAACACAUGUUUGAAUGGCAGUAGUCAGGUCUCUUAG